AUGGAAUUGAGCCAGGAAACCCAGCCAAAGCACUCAGCCCAGCGCCAAUUUCGCUUGUACAAUAUUAUUGUGACAGCACUCAUGGCGCUGGGUUCCACGAGUGCUGGCUACGCUGCUUCAAUCAUCGCCACGACCUUGGCGCAGCCAUCGUUUUUGGCAUACUUUGAGCUCCUCACCCGCUCCAACGGCACCCAGCUGAUCGCAGCAACGAACGGUCUCUUUUUCAGCGGCGGGGCGCUGGGCACCGUCACCAUCUCCUUCGUCGCCGACAGAUGGGGCCGCAUAUGGGCGACUGGUAUCUCAUCCGCCCUGUGCCUCAUCUCCAGUGCCCUUCUGGCCGGCAGUGUCCACAUUGCCAUGUUCAUUGCCAUCCGUUUUCUAGCUGGCGCUUCGACGUUCAUGCUCGUGGCGGCGAUUCCGGUCUGGAUCAGUGAGACGGCUCCACCAAGCACCCGCGGCAUCUUCGUCGACUUCCACAGUAUUGGCAUCUUGUUUGGCUAUGCACUUGCCAGCUGGAUGGGCUACGCCUUCUACCAUCUGCCACCGACAGACAACAUGGCUUGGCGCGGGCCUUUCAUUGUCGGAUGUGUACCUCCACUCCUCCACAUCGUUGCGCUAUUCUUCCUUCCCGAGUCUCCUCGGCUAUUGUUGAUGAAGGGUAAAGCUGACCUCGCCGAGAAGACGCUUCGACGACUACACACCGCGGAGGAGGCCGCCGUCGAGCUGCUCCAGAUAUCUGCAGCUAUCGAGGUCGAUAGGCUCCUGGAUAGCUCCUGGAUCUCCAUGAUCAAGAAGCCGGCUUACCGGAAGAGAGCAUUGUUCAUCGUGGGUGUCGUCUUGGGCGUCGAGUCGUCGGGGGUCUUGGUCAUCAACAACUAUGGCCCAACGAUCUAUGCCAGCCUAGGCUUCGACGUUAACACCCAAUUUAUCUAUCAAAUCGGCUGGAUCACGCUGUCUCUGGGAGGUGGUCUCCUUUCCUUUCUCAUCAUCGACCGUGUCCCUCGACCCAAGCUUCUCUCAAUCGGCAUGAUGUCCUGCGCGGCCUGCCUAAUCAUUCUGGCGGCAAUCGUGUCUCGAUUUGCAACAUCACCGGAGUCUUUGGCCAAGCCUAACAAGGCUGCUCUUCGCGCCGCAGUGGCUAUGAUGUAUAUCUACAUCCUCGCCUUCCAAGUCUUCCUCGAUGGCACGAUGUACGCCUAUAUGGGCGAACUGUUCCCGACUCAUAUCAGAGCCAAGGGCCUGGUAGUUGCAAUCACCACGAUCACCACUAUCAACAUUCUCUGGACUCAGGUAGCCCCGACGGCUUUCAACGACAUCGGUUGGAAAUUUUACCUGUGCUUCAUCAUCCCGACCUCUCUGUUUGGUAUCGCGCUCUGGCUCUUCUUUCCCGAUACGCUCGGAGUGCCACUCGAGGAGAUUGCCAGGAUCUUUGGUGACCACGAAGAGAACUAUAUUCAGCAGCAAUACCACUCCGGCCAGAUGAUUGGCGACGAUAAGCACGUCCACGACGAGGAAAAGGUGGUCGAGGUCUCUCACUGUGCCUAG